UAUGGUAGGGGUGUCUUUGUGUACCAACCUUUUACCUCUGCCGAUCUCCUCAACCGGAAAAAUAACAUCCCAUCCUAUACAGAAAAGCUGCAAGCUCUGAUUGACUUGCUCCAAACUAUUAUCCAAACUCAUAACCCCACUUGGGCUGAUUGCCACCAGUUGCUCAUGUACCUCUUUAACACGGAUGAGGGAGGAGAGUGCUCGGGGUAGCAACUAAGUGGCUGGAAGAGCAUGUUCCAGCUGAUUAUCAGAACCCCCAAGAGUAUGUGAGGAUCCAGCUACCAGGAACUGACCCUUAAUAGGAUCCAAAUGAGACAGAGGGUAUGCAAAGGCUAAUGCGGUAUAGGGAAGCACUCUUAGAAGGGUUGAGGAGAGGAGCCCAAAAGGCCACAAACGUAAACAAGGUCUCCGAGGUUAUCCAAGGAAAGCAAGAAAGUCCAGUGCAAUUUUAUGAGAGACUGUGUGAGGCCUAUCGCAUGUACACUCCCUUUGACCCAGACAGCCCUGAAAAUCAGCGCAUGAUUAACAUGGCCUUAGUUAGUCAAAGCGCAGAGGAUAUUAGGAGAAAGCUGAAGAAACGGGCUGGGUUUGCAGUAUGAAUACGUCGCCAAUUACUGGAAAUAGCCAACCAAGUGUUUGUAAAUACAGAUGCAACAAGCCGCAGAGAGAGCCGCAAAGAAGGUGAAUGCCAAGCCUGGUGAAAUGCUGACCUACUAGCUGCAGCUAUUAGAGGGGUCCCCCUGAAAGGACAAGGGAAUGGGGGCUCCAGGAAAAAUACCCAGUCUGACCGUCCACGCUUGCAACGUAACCAGUGCACCUAUUGUAAAGAGAUAGGACAUUGGAAAGGUAAGUGCCCUCAGCUGAAAGAAAAGCAAGGUGGUUCAGAGCAAAAGACCCCAGACAAGGAUGAAGGAGCCUUGUUCAAUCUGGCUGAGGGGUUAUUGGACCGAAGGGGACCAGGCUCACGUGCCCCCAAGGAGCCCAUGGUCAGAAUGACAGUUGGGGGCAAGGACAUUAAGUUUCUGGUCAAUAUGGUGCUGAACAUUCAGUAGUGACCACCCCGGUCACCCCCUUGUCUAAAAAGACUAUUGAUAUAAUUGGAGCAACAAGAGUUUUGACAAAGCAGGCUUUCUGUUUGCCCCGGACCUGCUCGGUGGGGGGACAUGAAGUGAUUCACCAGUUCCUGUACAUCCCUGACUGCCCCUUGCCUUUGUUAGGAAGGGACCUGCUUAGCAAGCUGAGAGCUAUCUUCCUUUACCAAGCAAGGCUCUUUACAACUGAAGUUGCCCGGAACAGGAGUUAUCAUGGCCCUGACAGUUCCCCGAGAGGAAGAGUAGCGACUCUUCCUAACCAAACCAGGCAAAGAGAUAGGGCCAGCUCUGGCCCAGUGGUGGCCAAAAGUACGGGCAGAAGACAACCCUCCCAGAUUGGCAGUCAAUCAAGCUCCUGUACUCAGAGAAGUUAAGCCAGAGGCCCAGCCAGUCAGGCAAAACCAGUAUCCAGUCCCCAGAGAAGCCCUGGAAGGUAUCCAGGUUCAUCUUAAGCACCUGAGGACUUUUGGAAUUAUAGUGCCUUGUCAGUCUCCAUGGAACACCCCCCUCCUACCUGUUCCCAAGCCAGGGACCAAGGACUACAGGCCAGUACAGGACUUGCGAUUGGUCAAUCCAGCCACAGUGACUUUCCAUCCAACAGUACCUAACCCGUACACAUUGUUGGGGUUAUUGCCAGCUAAGGACAGCUGGUUCACCUGCCUAGACCUGAAGGACGCCUUCUUUAGCAUCAGAUUAGCUCCAGAGAGCCAGAAACUGUUUGCCUUUCAGUGGGAGGAUCUGGGGUCAGGUGUCACCACUCAUUACACUUGGACCCAGCUUCCCCAGGGGUUCAAGAACUUCCCCCACCAUCUUUGGGGAGGCACUGGCUCGAGACCUCCAAAAGUUUCCUGCCAGAGACCUAGGCUGCGUGUUGUUCCAGUACGUCGACAACCUCCUGCUGGGACACCCCAUGGCAGUCGGGUGCGUCAAAGGAACAGACGCCCUGCUUCAGCACCUGGAGGACUAUGGGUAUAAGGUGUCCAAGAAGAAAGCUCAGAUCUGCAGACAGCAGGUACGCUACCUGGGAUUUACUAUCCGACAGGGGGAGUGCAGCCUAGGAUCAGAAAGAAAGCAGGUCAUUUGCAACCUACUGGAGCCUAAGACCAGAAGGCAGUUGAGAGAAUUAUUAGGAGCUGUGGGGUUCUGCAGGUUAUGGAUCCCAAAUUUUGCAGUACUGGCCAAACCUCUGGUACCAAGUUACAAAGGGGGGUGACAUUUGAAUGGGGGUCCCAACAGCAACAGGCUUUUCAUGAGUUAAAAGAAAAACUCAUGUCAGCCCUAGCCCUGGGUCUACCUGACCUGACAAAGCCAUUUACAUUGUAUGUGUCAGAAAGAAAAAAAAUAGCAGUCGGAGUUUUAACUCAAGACGUAAGGCCGUGGCUGAGGCCUGUGGCCUACCUCUCUAAACAGCUAGACAGAGUUUCUAAAGGUUGGCCCCCGUGUUUGAGGGCCUUAGCACCAACUGCCCUGCUAACACAAGAAGUGGAUAAACUAACUCUUAGGCAAAACUUGAACAUAAAGGCCCCUCAUGCAGUGGUGACUUUAAUGAAUACCAAAGGACAUCACUGGCUGACAAAUGCCAGACUAACCAAGUACCAAAGCCUGCUCUGUGAAAAUCCCCAUAUAACCACUGAAGUUUGUAACACUUUGAACCCCACCACCUUGCUUCUGGUAUCAGAGAGCCCAGUUGAACAUAACUGUGUAGAGGUGUUGGACUAAGUUUAUUCUAGCAGACCCGACCUCCAGGACAAACCUUGGAUGUCUGUAGACUGGGAGCUGUAUGUAGACGGAAGCAGCUUCAUUAACCCACAGAGAGAGACGUGCGCUGGAUAUGCAGUGGUAAACCUUGGACACUGUUAUUGAAGCCAAAUCGCUGCCUCAGGGAACUUCAGCCCAGAAGGCCGAACUCAUUGCUUUAACUCAGGCCUUAGAGCUAAGUGAAGGUAAGACUGUAAACAUUUAUACUGACUCUCAGUAUGCCUUUUUAACCCUCCAAGUGCAUGGGGCAUUAUACAAAGAAAAAGGCCUAUUGAACUCAGGGGGAAAGGACAUUUAGUAUCAGCAAGAAAUUUUACAGUUAUUAGAAGCAGUAUGGAAGCCUCGGAGGGUGGCAGUAAUGCAUUGUAAAGGACAUCAGUGAGUCACCACUUCUGUUGCCUUAGGGAAUUCUCGAGCAGACUCCUAAGCUCACAGAGCAGCAUCCACCCCCUACCGAGCAUCAGUCACAGCCCCUCUGCUCUCUCAGGCACUGGAUCUAGUGCCUACUUAUUCUAAAGAGGAAAGAGACUUUUUCCAGGCAGAAGGGGGGCAAGUGAUAAAGGAAGGAUGGAUCUGGUUACCAGACAGAAGAGUAGCCAUGCCACAGCUACUAGGGGCCACAGUUGUGCUGGCUGUGCAUGAGACCACCCAUCUAGGCCAAGAGUCACUUGAAAAGUUGUUAGGCUGGCACUUCUACAUUUCAUGUCUUGUCGGCCCUUGCCAAAACAGUAACAGCAAUGUGUCACCUGCCAGCAGCACAAUGCUAGGCAGGUUCCAACCACCCCGCUCAGCAUACAAGCUUAUGGAGCAGCCCCCUUUGAAGAUCUCCAAGUAGACUUCACCGAAAUGCCCAAAUGUGGAGGUAACAAGUAUCAGCUGGUUCUAGUGUGUACAUACUCUGGGUGGGUAGAGGCUUAUCCAACACGAACUGAGAAAGCUCGUGAAGUAACCCGUGUGCUUCUUCGAGAUCUCAUCCCUAGGUUUGGACUGCCCUUACGGAUUGGCUCAGACAAUGGGCCGGCAUUUGUGGCUGACUUGGUACAGAAGACAGCAAAGGUGAUCGAGUGUGGAUCAAAGACUGGAACAUAGCCCCUUUGUGGCCACGGUGGAAAGGACCCCAGACCAUCAUCCUGACCACUCCCACCACCAUGAAGGUAGAAGGAAUUCCGGCCUGGAUCCACCACAGCCACGUGAAACCCACAGCACCUGAGACCUGGGAGGUGAGACCAAGCCCGGACAAUCCCUAUAAAGUGACUCUGAAAAAGACAACAAGCCCUGCUCCAGUCACACCUGGAAGCUGAUUGGUGUAUGCACAGCCAAAGCAUAAGGAAACUCAUCGUGGGACUCAUUUUUCUCAAAAUUUGGACUUGUUCAAUAAGAACUUCAGCUGAUAUUCCCCACAUGGAGGACUGUACCCAGUGUAUUCAUCAGGUUACAGAGGUAGGGCAACAAGUUAAAAUAACCUUUCUGUUUUAUAGUUAUUAUGAAUGUCUAGGAAUUUUGAAAGGGAUCUGCUUAUAUAAUGCCACUCAGUAUAAUGUGUGUAGCCCAGGGAAUGACCAACCUCAUGUGUCUUACAACCCGUCUGAGCCUCCUAUGACCACAGUUUUUGAAAUAAGAUUAAGAACUGAGGACUGGUGGGGACUCAUGAAAGAUACAAGUAAAGUAAUACCAGAACAGAAGAAAAAGGAGCUCCCAAACAAGUCACCUUAAGAUUUGAUGCCUGUGCAGUCAUUAAUAGUAACAAGCUAGGGAUGGGAUGUGGUUCUCUCAGUCGGGGGGGAAAAAAAAGCUAUAUAUGGCAGAAAAUAAGUACAUUUGUCAUGAAUUAGGACUAUAUGGUAUUAUUGAAUGUAGUUAUUGGUCCUAUGUCAUUUGGGCCACCUGGAAAAAGGACAAAAAAGACCCUGUUUGCCUACAAAAAGGAAAAAGUAAUUCGUCUUGCACCUCCGGUAACUGUAACCCAUUAGAAUUAAUAAUUACUAACCCCCAGGAUCCCCACUGGAAGACAGGAGAAAAUGUAAACCUAGGAAUUGAUGGAACUGGGCUUGACCCCCGAGUCAACCUUUUAAUCCAAGGGGAGAUCCACAAGCGCUCCCCCAAACCAGUGUUUCAGACCUUUUAUGAUGAACUAAAUGUGCCAAUACCAGAACUGCCAGGGAAGACAAAAGAUUUGUUCCUGCAGUUAGCAGAAAAUAUAGCCCAUUCCCUCAACAUUACUUCCUGUUAUGUAUGCAGGGGAACUACUAUGGGAGACCAAUGGCCUUGGGAGGCCCGAGAAUUAGUGCCCAUGGAUCCAGUUCCUGAUAUAAUUCCAGUCCAGAAGGCCCACACUGGUAACUUUUGGGUCUUAAAAACCUCAAUUAUUGGGCAAUACUGCCUAGCUAGAGAAGGAAAAGACUUCACCAUCCCCGUAGGAAGCUCAAUUGCCUAGGGCAAAAGCUGUAUAAUGGCACAAGAAGAACAGUCACCUGGUGGGGUCUAAACCAUAUUGAGAAGAACCCAUUUAGUAAGUUUACUAAGUUGCAAACUGUUUGGGCCCAUCCAGAGUCUCACCGGGACUGGACGGCUCCAGCUAGACUAUACUGGAUAUGUGGACAUAGAGCCUAUGCCAAGCUACCUGACCAAUGGGCAGGCAGUUGCGUCAUUGGCACCACUAAGCCAUCCUUUUUCCUGCUGCCCAUAAAAACAGGUGAUGAGCUCCUAGGCUUCCCUGUCUAUGCUUCCUGAGAAAACAGAAGCAUAGCCAUAGGCAAUUGGAAAGAUGAUGAGUGGUCCCAUGAAAGAAUCAUAUAAUACUAUGGGCCUGCCAACUGGGCACAAGAUGGUUCGUGGGGAUACCAAACCCCCAUUUACAUGCUCAACUGGAUUAUAUGGUUACAAGCUGUCUUAGAAAUAAUCACUAAUGAAACUGGCAGAACUUUGACUGUUAGCCCGGCAAGAAACCCAGAUAAGAAAUGCUAUUUAUCAAAAUAGAUUGGCCCUAGACUACUUGCUAGCAGUGGAAAGAGGGGUCUGUGGAAAAUUCAACCUGACCAAUUGCUGUCUGCGUAUAGAUGACCAAGGCCAAGUAGUCGAAAACAUCGUCAGAGACAUGACAAAGCUAGCACAUAUGCCUGUGCAGGUUUGGCAUGGAUUUGAUCCUGGGUCUGUAUUUGGAAAAUGGUUCCCAGCAUUAGGAUUUAAAACUCUUAUAAUAGGAGUAAUAACAGUAUUAGGAACCUGCUUGUUGCUCCCCUGCUUGCUGCCUUUGCUCCUUCAAAUAAUGAGAAGCUUUGUCACUACUUUAAUUCACCAAAAUAGUUCAGCACAAGUGUAUUACAUGAAUCACUAUCGGUCUGUCUCGCAAAAAGACCUAGAUAGUGAGGAUGAAAGUGAAAAUUCCCACUAAUAAGUGAGAUUCUAAAAGGGGGGGAUAAGGAAGGAGACCACCUCUCCCAUUGUCUCCUAUUUCAUGAGAAAGCAAAAAGUUAAAAAAAGAAGCAGAAGUGAGAUCAAUGGCCAGAUGGUUUAGUGCCAAGAACCAGGCCUGGUAGUUAAACAUCAACUCCUGACCUAACCGCUUGUGUUAUCCAUAGAUUCCAGACAUUGUAUGAGGAAGACUUGUGAAACUUUCUGUUCUGUUCUGCUAGCCCCCAUCACUGAUGCAUGUAGCUCUCAGUCAUGUAGCCCCCACUUGCACAAUGUAUCAUGACCCUUUCACGUGGACCCCUCAGAGUUGUAAGCUCUUAAAAGGGACAGGAAUCUUUACUUUGGGGAGCUCGGAUCUUGAGACGCAAGUCUACCAAUGCUCCCAGCUGAUUAAAGCCUCUUCCUUCAUAGAA